CCUUGUAUAUCUCUACCAUCUUUUCUCACCCUUCUCUACUUCUCUUCCUAUUCAAUAUUCAUCCUCCUCAAUCCCCCCAAAACCCCUCAUCUUCCUAUAGAAUAUAUAUAUACGUAAUUUAGUAUAUACUAUCAGAUCAUCUAAAAAAUGAAUGAAGGGAGUGACCGUAAUUGUUUGAUAUGGGAAAAUCAAGGGUGGUCAUUUUUGAAAUCGAAUAACUUAGAUGGGAGUGAAGAGAAGUUUGUGGGUGACAAGUUGUCAGAUCCAAAUAGGUCAAAUACUAGUCAUGAUCAGCCGCGGACAGUUGCUAAGGCGGAGACCAAAGCGGCUGCCCGCGGCAGAAAAAGAACGGCGAGUGGCCGCAAAGAAAGUGAUGAAGCAAAGUGUGGUGGUGAUGGAGGUGGUGAAGAAGAAUCAGAUCAUGAGAUACACAUAUGGACGGAGAGAGAAAGGAGAAAGAAGAUGAGGAAUAUGUUCUCUAAUCUUCAUGCUUUACUUCCUCAACUUCCUCCUAAGGCGGACAAGUCCACCAUUGUUGAUGAAGCAGUGAACUACAUUAAAACACUACAGAAUACUCUUCAUAAGCUUCAAAACCAGAAGCUAGAAAAGCUUCAUUGCUUAACAGCUACAAUGAAUAGUAAUGAUCUUUCGAUAAUUACUUCACAGAAAUUACUAGAGAGUAAUAACAGGGACAUAUUUUUGGCUGAUCAAGGAUCUACUAGUAAUUCAACUGCUAUUACACCAACCAAUAAUAAUAAUACAACUCCAUUUUUGAAUAUUCCAACAGUAUUUCAAACAUGGACUUCUCCAAAUGUGAUACUAAAUGUUUGUGGAGAAGAAGCUCAUAUUAGUAUUUGUUGUCUCAAGAAACCUGGAAUUUUAAGUGGUAUUUGUUUUGUUUUGGAGAAAUAUAAGAUAGAGAUGAUAUCUGCUCAAGUUUCAUCAGAUCAUUAUAGAUGCUUGUACAUGAUUCAAGCCCAUGCAACAGGUGGAAGUACAUUGAAUCAAUUCUCGGAAGCAUUGCCAUUAUUGACAGUGGAAGAAAUAUACAAACAAGCAGCAGGAGAGAUAAUGUUGUGGGCAACUUCCAAAUGAUAACAGCUAUCAAAAAUGUUACGAGAGUUGAAGAAUUUUGCGAGUUUUUUAAAUGACAACAGUGGAAUUUGGUUAAUUUUCGUCCAAAGAUAUUAUAAGGAAAUUCUUGGUUUCACUUUUCAGCAGUGGCAGCUAUAAGAAGAAUAUAGCGAGGUUUUAUUUUAUGUAGAUGCUCCGCUUU